GUCGUAGACUGACGAAAAUUUAGUCCUACAAGCACCAGUGUCACGAGUUGCACAUUAUUUUUUGAGACCGUCUCUUGCAUUACCCCUUUCUCUAUCUUAUUUUUUGGUGAUUGCAUCUGCGUACGAACAUUGUUCAGCAUUUAGCACCUGUAUCACCGAUUGUUUCGUACUUGGAUACAGAGUUCUUUUUCUUUUGAAUAACUGAUUGAGAAGCCAGUCGACAAUUGAGAACAGUGCAACUAUUUAUUUGUUACUAUUAACUUCGCAUAUAUAUUCUUUCUCUCUUAUACACACACACACACACAUACACACCGAGCUACAUUCCACGCAUCAAAAUGGGUGUCAACUUCAAGAUGUGCGAAAACAACCCAGAGAUGAGAGCAACUGCAGCCCGUAUUUGCCGUGACUAUUUGCAUGGUGUAUGGAAGCAUGUCACUCCUGAUAAUAUCGUGCUUAAAAGGAUAAGUGGUGGUCUCAGCAACUGGCUGUACAACGUUGCUUUGCCCGAUGGUGCAAUGCCAGUGCGUGGUGAGCCGAGACAGGUCCUCUUGCGGCUCUACGGUCAAGUUCAUGGAGAACGAGCCCUUGAAGGUCUCAUCACCGAGUCCGUCAUCUUCACUCUGUUGUCAGAGAGACGACUUGGACCCAAGCUCCAUGGUAUUUUCCCUGGCGGUCGAAUUGAAGAGUACAUACCCGCUCGCCCACUGCUCACUAAAGAGUUGGCUGAUCCCUCGCUGAGCAACAUGAUUGCCGAAAAAAUGGCACAAAUCCACUCGAUGCAAGUUCCUAUCAGCAAGGAGCCCACUUGGCUCUGGGACACUAUGGACAAGUGGCUCGACACUGCAACCGACAUUUUGGAGAACAUCGAGGACAUCGACAGCCGACAGCUCGACAAUGUCUCCUUCAUCAAGUCUAUUGAUCUCGACGAGGAGAUCUCGUGGUUCAGGACUCUAGUCAAACAGCAGAAGUACCCAGUAGUCUUCUGUCACAAUGAUAUGCAAGAAGGUAACAUCCUGAUGCGUCAGAACUCAGCGAAAUCCGAGCUGGUGGUGAUUGAUUUCGAGUACUGUUCGUACAACUAUCGCGGCUUCGACGUGGCUAAUCACUUUUGCGAGUGGCAGUACGAUUACACCAACAAAAACUACCCGUUCUUCAGCGAGCGCUCCAGCUGCGGACCUACCAAAGAGCAAAAGCUCAAUUUUAUUAGAAGCUAUCUGAAAACUGCUGGAAAAGAGGGUCAAACCGAAGAAGAAGAUCGCAUGAUGGCAGAAAUCAAGCUUUUCUCUCUAGCUAGUCACUUAUUCUGGGGAUUAUGGGCGAUUGUUAAUGCUAAACUUUCACAGAUACCCUUUGGUUACUGGGAUUAUGCUACUACCAGAUUAAGGCACUAUCAAUAUCUGAAGGAAAAGAUUCUGGUGUGUGGACCAUUAUAUCCGGACGGUGGAAUCAAGAGAAAAGUAACACAUUUGGAUUGAGAGAGAUUCACGUCGACACAGCGACGUGAACGUGAUUCUCUCUGAAUCCUCAAAAUAUCAACGAAGUCCCCGUAGCAAGUUAGAGUACCCGUUGCCCUGAAUCCCAACGAGGACUCUGACUUAGCUCAGUCAAAUGCGAAUACCGAAGAAAGGUAGUGGCCAGGCAAAGCUGCUAUUUCUCAAAAACACCACGAGAACUCUGAUCUGCUGCCGGGCAGCCGCUGGAUUUAUAUGAUGGGCUUGUCGUCUGUCACUUGAUGUUGUGCAAGCAGCAUCAAAAUGACGACGAUGAUGACACUGAGACGGCGAGAACGUUGAUUGUGAUAUAGUAUCUAAGUCGUGGGUAACUAUGCGACAACUAUUCAAGCUAUGUCGAGGAAGCUAUCGACUGGAGGAAAGAGCCUUAGGAGCAAUAUCGAUCAAUCAAUUGCGCAACAUUCAAACAUCCAUUUAGUUAUUGUUUGCUGUUUAAGCUGGCACAAUUCGGUUAAUUCUAUAUUUCCUAGUUUUUCACGCAAUAUUCCUAUUAAUGGCAUUAUAUAUUCUGAUUUUUAGUAUUACUCAAUAAGGAAAACUUUUACAAAUCUCUUAUGUAAAUCUCCGUAAUUUGAACCCUGAGUAAGGACAUUAAAAUGAUAAAUGAUGCUACGGACAUCGUUUAUUGUUCUUUGCUCUAUUCUAACGAAUAGUUUAGGAAUCGAAAAAAUCAAUUGAUGUCAAGAACAACAUCGUCAUCCAUGGCUGUUUCUUGUAAAAUGUAAGUAAUAAUCGUGAUAACCUGACUUGAUGUGGAUACUUAAUUAUGAUACUACUAUGACUGACGGAAAAUGUAAAAUUGAAAAGUGUAUUUCCUCGAUUUCUACUUAUUCUGAAAUUUACUAUUCGGCAGAUUGGAUAGGUACCUGAGUAAAAAAAUCUGUCUUUCGAAAAAAGUACUUAACAAAAUCGAAAUCGACCUGUAAUAUCAUUUUUAGAUUGUCGGUUUUACAAAGACUACCGUAUCGGUAACUUUAAGUACUGAAAUGGAAUUUUUUAAUCAUCCAUGAAUAGGUUCUCUAAACAAAAAGUGUACAUGUAAAGUCUGAAAAAUAAACUAUAGAAAUAAUUAGUGCAAUUAUAAGAAUAUACGUAUUUUAUUUACUACAGUCUUCAUAAUUUAGAAUGUUCUCGUAAUAUUUAGACCUAUACGAAAAUAGAUUUAAAUAUCCCGUUAUUUAUUUUCUAGCUUGCUUUCUGUAAUUUUAUAAUUGCAGUAGGAGGCGACCCUCGAAAGAUCUUUACAUUGCGUAAUUGUUGGAAAUUUUAAUAGAAUAAAAAGAAAGGUAUUAGCGAAAUUACAAUUAAAUUGAAUUCGUUAUAUACAUUGAGCUUUAAACGAGCGGACUGCAUUCAGUAUUUAAUACAUUUACGUUAUAUUAAUUACAAUAGUUGAUGCGUCGAUAAUUACUUUUUUAU